CAGCUAAAGAUAGUGGGUUGGUUGUUGAAGUGUAGUACGUGAUUUUUUAAUCCUAGCUUCUCUCAUAUGUUUCUGUCGUUCACUCUCUCUGUAUCUGUUUUGCAUUUUGCAAGCUAGGUCGGAAAAAGAGAGCAGAACUGGGAGGCCUUGAUCUUGGAAGGAACGAGGCAGUCAAUUAAUUUCUUUGUUAAAAGUUGUAAUACAGAAGCCGAAUGUCACCAAUUCCCAUUAUCUAUUAAAAACAUUUUACAAAAUAAUUCAGUGCAGUAUCGGAUUUAUGGAUUAAUUGGUAUAAUUAUAGUUUUUAACAAUUGCGUUGUAUUCGCUUGGGUCACCUAAUUCCUUUGUUGUUUAUCACGUAACAUUGUACGAUGCAGGUUACUUGUAAAUGUUUAAAUGUAAUAAUAAACUCAAAAGGAACAGCAAUAGAAACAUAUAAUUUAAGUAGUAAAGGUAGUCAAACAGAUCAUCCAUUUUUCAAUGAGAACAUCGGGUUUGUGGAGCUCUUGAAUAUCCACAAGGAGCAGCCUGCACUGGUUGAGGUGGACAUCUGCGGAGAUUGGGUCAUCAACCGAUGUCUCAACUGUGGUGUUUACACUCACGCUCUUGACGCCAGCACAGCCGUUGUUCUAGUCAGCCGAGCUCUGCUCACCAAACCACAAGAAAUAGCAGCCAUGAAGAGUAGCGAGAAAUAUUCACCAGCUUUUAACAUUGUGAUAGAGUCUUCCGAAGAAGAUGUCAAUGUCCCAGUCACAGGGGUGCAUAACACUGCUGUGGGUGCUGGUCUACAACAGCAGCUUACAGAGUGGAUCAAGCGUGAGACCGCGCUGACAGAGGAGCGUGUGCGGCAGUACUCGGAGCAGCAGUACGAGGCGUUGGAUCAGUUGCGCACACGAGUCCAUAGGGAUCAUCACAUUCUAUCCAGAAUUGUAGCCAUUAGCACAAAGAAGUCACAGGUAGAAGCUGCUGAAGCGUGGAAGAGAGCGCCACAGAUCUCCAAUGCCACCAGCCCCAAGCCGACAUCCCCACUACAGAGCAAGCCUAUACUGCCUGACCCUCUAAGUGCCAUCGCCCAACCCAAGAAAUCUGCACAGGUAGCCAACCGACCAAAGAACUUGCCACGGAAGCCAUCAGUAGAUGCUGAGGGACUAUUUGACCUGGAUGGAAUGGACGGAAUAGACGAUAAUACGACAGAGACCUUCCCGUCAGAAGAUGAGGAACUCUCUGACACUGACGAUGAAGGAGGAGUUACAAGAACUGUGUGUGUGACAGAUUCUGGGAGCCAUGACGAAGGAAUCCACAUACCGCGCCAUGUGACCACAGUGUAUGCCAAGUCCCUGCCUGUCAAUGUGCCUACAUUCAUGAAUCAGCUCGGAUCGGAAGACUCUCCAAACCAACAGGACUAUGGGGACUCUGAGGAUCCCAUGGACAUAGCUGCUAGCAUCAAAGCCCUUGCGAAAAGUGUACACGGAGACGCAGUGUUCGGAGAUCUGCCACGGCCCAGAUUCAGCUCCCAGAUCUGACGUACCAUUGCUCAACUUUCCUCAUACUUUGUUUUUUUAUUUUUUCUAUAAGUGAUAACACAGAAAGACAGUAGUAGCAAGCCUUAGUGUUCAGAGCUUCUAUUUUACUUGAGGUCGCUAUUUUCUUACUGUAAGACGAGUGAAGGGAGUUGUUUGGUCCGACGGUUGUCAGUGUUAAAUGUGGUCGGAAGGUUGGCGCUGCUCAGGUGCCGAAAUGGGUUAAAGGUGAAUUCUUGCCUUUGUCUAUAACACGUUUAUAUUGCACUGGAUCUUUGUCUUUAUAAUAAUUGUGUACAAGUGUAGGCUUAAAUGGAAUGUUAGCAGCCGGCAAUAACGGUCUAACGUAAUACUUGUGCUUUUCUUGACUAAGUAAUCUCACAAGUACCAUGUAAAAGAGUAUAUUUUCUGGUAUUAUGACGGAAUCAAUUGUUUUUUUACUGUUUGCAUUAUAUCCUUGUUUUUACUGUCAUUGUAGUCCAGGAGCAGAGAUCUGUAUUUUUUAAUGACACAUGCUUUCUUUUCUUUGGAAAAAUCUAUACAACCAGUUUCCCUGAGGAAGAAAUCAAUCAUCAGCCGCGCUAGUUUUGGUGAAGGUCAAAAUGGGAGAGCAUCUAAAGGGUUUAAAAUAUAAAACUUUUUUCAGACCAUAUUUUUAUUAACAACACACGUCCGCCAAAAAUGUAAUUAAAUCUAGUUACGUGAUGGUGACAUUAUUUAUUUAUUUGUCUAAUGGUUGUUUUAAGUGUGUGAAGCUAAGAAAAAUGUGAUUUAAGAAAAUAUUAUCAUUUAUAUUUUUUUUAACCCUUUUAAUACCCUCAUAUAUAAACAUUCGCCAAAACUAGUGUGGCUGGUAAUCAACACUCUCCGGUUGUGUGUUUAUAAAUACAAAUUGGCUCUCAGCUCUGAGAUUAUUGUCUUGUGGAUAACUAAUUGCUUGUCAAUUUGUUAUUGCACUACAGAACAAAUAUACAAGUUUUCAUUUGGUGGCCAUUUUACUCAAGAAUAUUCAUUCAAACUAGUGCAAAAUGACUAGCAGCAAGUUAAUAUGUAGAUUUUUAAAUUUAUAAGACAUAAGAAAGUAUAAUAUGUUGUGAUAAAAUAAAUCAUUCAGAGCUUUUAACAUAUACGUUAUUAUUUCAUCCGAUAACAUAACUUGAGUUACAUAUUCUUCUGUCAAAUAACGCAAAUUUUAAUUAAUUGUAAAUUUCAAUUAAUCAACUUUAAUUUUUAAAUUUUGGUAUACCAUGUAAUUUUUUUGUAUAACAAACUAUUUUUAUAUGUUAGAUACAAAUUGUACUAAUUGAUUAAAUACAGUCAACUUCCGACUGUCCAGGAAAGUCAAGGACAAGUGAAGAGCACAUUUGACCCAAGGUACAGACUUAAGAUAAUUUCUCUUAAGGCAAGACUAGAAAAACCAUUUAAGCCACUCUAUAAGGAUUAAAAGGAUUAUAAAGUAGCAAUAGUUUUGUUACCUUGCCCAAAACAGGUUGAAGGAUAUGAAUUUUUACAGUAUUUAUUAUUAUAUAUGAGAAUAUGUUUUUAAGGACUUAACCCUUAGUGUAGGCUGGUGUACUAUUUUACAUUUUUGCCUGCAACUCCCUUACUUUUUGGUUAAAAAUAAUAAUUAUAAAAAUAUUUAACAGGAAUAAAUUCUGUAACAGUAUAAAAAGCAUCUUUUUGUAAAACAAAAAUAAAAAUUAAGAGUAAUAAUAAAAAAAGAUGUACUUAACAAAAAUAAAAUAAUUCUUCUUUGAAUAGGAAGAACGUUCUUUAAAAAUAUCUAGGCGUAAAAUGUUUCAUUUCAAUAGUUACAAAUAAAUUUACAAUUUGUAUAACAAUUUUAAAAGAAUUUGUGCGUGUUUGAUUUGUACACUUUUUAAAUUUGAUAAUUUGUAGUGUAUUUACAAUCAGAAAAAGUAAGUGGCAACCCUUAUUUCAAAGGUAUAGUACAUAGUUAUAACAGAUAUAUACAGAAGAUACAAUUAGUUUAAUUCAAAAGUAAAAAAUAGAAAUAAAAAAUUCAGAACGUCCUGGUAUACGAACACUAGUAUUUCUAGACAGUUACAGCCACGUCCAUAUAAAAGGACAGCAGUAUUUCUAGAUAGUUACAGCUACAUCUGUAUAACAGGACGGCAGUAUUUCUAGAUAGUUACAGCCACGUCUGUAUAACAGGUCAGCAGUAUUUCUAGAUAGUUACAGCUAAGUCUGUAUAAAAGGACAGCAGUAUUUCUAGAUAGUUACAGCCACGUCUGUAUAACAGGUCAGCAGUAUUUCUAGAUAGUUACAGCUAAGUCUGUAUAACAGGACAGCAGUAUUUCUAGAUAGUUACAGCCAUGUCCGUAUACAGGACAGCAGUAUUUCUAGAUAGUUACAGCUAAGUCCGUACAACAGGACAGCAGUAUUUCUAGAUAGUUACAGCUACGUCUGUAUAACAGGUCAGCAGUAUUUCUAGAUAGUUACAGCCAUGUCCGUAUACAGGACAGCAGUAUUUCUAGAUAGGUACAGCUAAGUCCGUAUAACAAGACAGCAGUAUUUCUAGAUAGGUACAGCUAAGUCCGUAUAACAGGACAGCAGUAUUUCUAGAUAGUUACAGCUACGUCCGUAUAACAGGACAGCAGUAUUUCUAGAUAGUUACAGCUAAGUCCGUAUAACAGGACAGCAGUAUUUCUAGAUAGUUACAGCCAUGACCAUAUAACAAGACAGCAAUAUUUCUCUGUAUUUCUUCACAGAGAUUUCCGGAUGUUGGGAGAUGAAUUGUUUUUAAUGAAAUAUGAUUUGAGACAAUGUCAGGUUUUAAGAGCAAUAUAUAUAUAUAUAUAUACUGUAAAAAUCAUAUCCUUAUCUUCCUCAGUUAUUAAUGAACAAUCUCUUUUGUAUUUUUUUGGUUAAUGAUGACACAGAAUUUGUUGCUCUUUGUCUUCGCCUUUAUCAGAUGCUUAUUUCACUUGAGUAAUACAGAAACAUGAAACUGAAUUGGCCAAAACAUAUUAUCACAAUAUAAAACAUUUGUAUUAGUAAGUUGUAUAAGCGGAAAUUUUAUGAUCUAAAUCAAUUAAAUACUGCAUGUCUACUUAAGCAACUAUUCUUAUUAUAUGAUUGAUUAGUUUAGAAUGCCUAAACAAGGCAACAAAAUAGUAUCCUUGAAAUGCUACCAAGGCAGAGGAGAUCCAAAUGUUGGUGUUGGACAGUUUCGAGGUGUAAGACUUUUCUCGUAUACAUUUUUGUCCAUAAAUUUAAGGACCCCUUGAAUGUAUAAAAUGUGGUAUCCAAAGUUUAAAUUCUAGUUUGGGUGAUUUUGGGAGGAGAGGGGUUUAGCAAAUUCUCUGAUUAAAAAGGGAGAAAUUCUAGGUGCAAAAUAAAAAAGUCAGAUUCAUAUUUUAAAUAUCUAAUCAUGUAUAUAUGAUUUAUCACAAUAACUCUGUAUUUUUUAUUUAAACUUUUUAUGACAUUUCAUGAGAGCUUAACACAUUAUAUACUUGCACGAAUCUACAUCCAUAAAGGUUUUAUGUCUAGGAUUUCAACUGGAAUUUAUACAGACCCUGGCAAGAAUUAAAAGCAUAAAUUUUAAAUAGUUUCAGAAUCCUUCCUUUCUGUCUUGAAACAUGUUUUAUAUAAAUGUUCUUGGCUAUGCCUUACCUCUCAGAUGGGUUGCUCUGCACAAAGCCGAAGGAGCAGUGUUGCUAUAUUUUGACAUUUUGUAGUUUGAGACAACUUGUCAUGGAUCUAUGAAGAGCCAUGUCUGACUCUGUAUGCUAUCUAAACUUGAAUUAAAGUACAAAUAGCUUUAUUUUAGGCUUUUUAGCGUGUAUAAAUCCUCUCUCUAACUUGCUUGUGUAUCCUUUUCUUAUUUGUAUGAAGCAACAAAUAGAUUUAACGAUCUUAUGAAUUGAUAUGAUUUUGAUAACUAAUAUUGUAUAAGAAUAAUACAAUAAGUGAUAGGUGAUUGUUAUUUCCUUGAAUCAGAAGUAACAUUUUUUUGAUUUGCUGUAUCCCCAUGUUACGGUUUUGUUUGUUAGUUUUUGUUUGUUACAUAUCAUUCUCUUGUGUUGUCAUUGGAUCUGUUAUAUUACAUUUAUGUUGAAUGCCAGAAUGUAAAAACGAAAUUGAGUAGUACAAGCUGCAGGAGGGGAUGGGAAAAGUCGUACAUUGUCAACAGACUGACCAAUAGAAAACUUUGUCAAAUUUUAAAUAUUGUUAGUCUAGUUAUGUUCACAAAUUUAUCUGUCUGUUAGUUAUUUUUAAUAAAAAUUAUUUGUUAAAAUUU